CUCUGCAAAAAUGUCGCCACAGCUCGGUUGUGAAAAAAAUGCAAGUGAAUUUAGCGAAUUGUUAAAUUGUUAAACAAAAGGUGCAAUCAAAGAGUUAAACUGCCCGAAAUAAGUGCAUAGUGUUGGUGGAAUCCCGGCUGUGAACGAAAAGCCCGCCUCCCAAAGAAAGGCGCUUGAGUGUCUUGUGAUGAAGAUGAAAAGAAAACCAACGACGCCUCCUCAAAUUUCAGUAAAAGUAUUGCAAAUAUUGUGUACAAUUGUUAAAAAAUGUGAAAUUGCAAUGCGAAUGCAAUGUUAAUAAAGUAUAGAAACUAUGGCGGCGCAGGCAUAUAUUAUUUGGCGGAUCAUCUUGGGCUGUCCAGUUGUCAGAGCCUCCUAAUCAAUACCCGUUCCUCCCACUCCAAAUUGUGUCUUGCAGACGAACUGGAGGAUGACUUCAAGGUGCACCUACCGCUGCUGGUGUCCAGGAAGAGGAAGACGCUGGCCAGCCACCGCAAGCAGAACUUCGACCACCUGGAGGUGAGCUUCACCAGGAGCAAUCGGGGCAACAACCUGCUGACCAUCGACGGGAAGCCCUUCACCCUCAACCGCCGGAUCAAGGACGUCUGCUACUGGGAGUGCGUCAAGCUGCGCUGCAAGUACAUCAAGUGCUCCGCCCGCGUGGUGACCAAGUCCAAUCGGAUCUCGGCUCUUCGCGGGCUCCACAACCAUCCAUAAGUUACGAACUACCUGUGCCAUCUCAUUAGUCCAAUAAAGGUGUUUCCGUUGAGCAAAAAGCCAUCUUCCGCCUCUCCUGCCUUUGUAGUUUCUCCUGCUAUCAACUGGUGGCCAAUCGCCGUGGCGGUAAGAACCUGAUCUUCCAGGGGCACAUGUACUCCGUGGAGCGCAAGUACCGGAACAGCAUCAACUGGGUCUGCUCCAAGAACAGCAACAGUGCGCUCCGCUGCCCGGC